UAUAUGAAUUCCAAAGAAUACAGUAUUUAUUUGAAUAUAUCAUAGUUCAUAGAAUGCUAUACUUAAGCCAAUUGAAAAAGGAUUAUUUAGAGUAAUGCCUAUCCAAAGAAUAAGAGCCAGAUUACUAAUUGAUCCAUGUGAUUUCCACGAUUGAAUCAAAUCAGACCUCAAAUUUAGACUUGUCUCUGGCUAAGGCAACCUCCCUUUAAUUGAUUCUGCCAUUGCUUAAGGUAAAUUGUGCUAUUAUCGGUCAAGGCAGUGUCAAAAUCAUAUUGACUAAAUUACCAUUACAUCCCAACAAGCCCAAUAACUGAAGGACACCCUUCCUUAGUUCAUUGAAGAAAGCAAUCUCGACAUCCAAAUACGCAAGAAGAUUCCUCAAUUGGAUCUAAAUCAAAUCAAUUCGUCCACCAGCAAUUUGAUUUAAUCUUCUCAGAGAUAAAACAAACUACAAAAAUCCCCUUCCCAAUAUUAAUUCAACACUGAUCGUUUGCAAAAUCCACAAAGCACUACAAGAAUCAAAAAAUAAUUAUUGACAACUGGCCUAAAUCAAUAGCCCCAACCUAAAUCGCCUAACACAAAGAUAGUCAAUGUCAAAUUGAAAAAAUAACACACAGAAAUAGUUGGGAAAUCAUUGACACAUAAAAAAAGACUAUAAUUAUAAUCACAUGAAGAUUUAAAUCGAAAAGUCAGUUCUCACAGUUUUACCAAACAUAAAAAUACCAGCAGCUCACCAAUCAAUGAAACCACAAGCAUUUAAAGACAAAUUAGCUCUUAUGCAAGUGGCCAACCCUAAUUGAAACCUAAUUCCUCAGGUGCCAAUAUUCAAAUUAAAACCUUGUUGGAAUCUCAAUAGAGCUAGAAAACAACUAACCCCACAAUCAAUUCCAAUGAUCAAAAUGCUGAUAUAUCGAUCCAUCUGAAGAACCUAAUCAGCUUUUGCAAUCAAUCCAUAUUAAAAAAGAAUCAAGAAUGCUACAGUUCUAAGAAGGAGUUAUCAACUCAAUAAACCAAUUCUAGUAUCAUAUAAGUCAAAGAAAACAACAAAGAGAAUACUUAGCCAAUUAAGAAAUCAACUCCUUUGUUAAAGGCAACUGAACAUACAAUGAUUAAGUUGACCGAAUUAACAGAGGAGGACAAUCCUGAAACAGCUAGAUUUAACUCUGAGGAUGAUGUCCGUAAACUUACUAAUUUCAAUAGUAAAGGGUUGUAAAAAUUACUCUAAUCAAAAACAAAUCAAUUAUCCGAAUAGAGCUCAACAUAAUCAUUACUUUCAUUAUUUUAAAGAAAAUGA